AUGGUCCCGCUAACGAGCGAUUCCGUAGAUCCUCAUACGCACGCUGGACCCAACGCGAUUCAAUUGUCUGGCUGCUUAUCUCCAAACGCACUCCUUUCUAGGCUGUUCCUGAGAGCACGGGAUCAAAAGAUACCGCCCUUGCAGCUUCGCCAUCGCGUUGCCGAAGACAUGGUUGAUAGCGCGGGUCUCAUGAGACCUGGCCCGAUGUAUUCCGUGACAUUGAAUGCGCUGGGUUCCCUGAGCCAGCCAGCUGAGUUGAUGAUGAAAUCAGUACGCAAGGGAUAUCUGCUUGGCCCCCUUGCUGUAGCUACUGAGGGAUUUGGAGUCAUCUCGCUUCUCUCCGGCCCUUUCCAAGGUCAUGUGGUGCGUCAAUGA